AUGCAUUUCAGAUGGCUGAUCGCGCCCUUGGGCGCCAGCGCGGUUCUCAUGUUCGGACUGCCCACAGCCAAGCUUUCGCAACCUCGCAACGUCAUAGGUGCCGCCCUGGUCGGCAUCCUGGUGCGGCUCAUCAUUCAGCCCCAGUACGGGGGAGGCCGCGCGGACUGCCUGUCAGCCGCCCUCGGCAUGUCCCUCGCGCUGACCGCCAUGCAGGCCACCGGAACAACUCACCCGCCAGCCGGCGCCACAGGUCUCAUCGCGGCCUACGCCGACCCCAUCCCCGACUGGAGGGGCUUCAAGUUCCUGCUGAGCGCCCUGGCGGGGUCCAGUGUGAUGGUGGGGGUGACCCUGCUGUUCAAUAACCUGGUGCCGGGAAGGAGGUACCCGACGUUCUGGUGA